CGUAAAAUGGCGGAAUGUAUACAUUAGCAAGCGUCUCUGUUGUUCGGUGAAUGUCGGGUAUUUUGGAAAUUUUAAGCAACUGAACAUUUUUCUCUGUUGCUUUUUACAGACUACUAGUUGGGUGACAAAAAUCCGUAUAAGUAGCCUAUAGCUUUAAUAUGUACGAAAUACUAGUCAUCGUGGCCUACUUUGUCACAGGAUUGAAUGCAGAACAAUGUUAUACAAGUUCCGGGGGAGUCUACAGCGCUGGGGAUAUAUACCGGAACCUUAAGUACUGUGCUUUUGGUUGCUGCGGGCCCGCUCUGAAUCGCUACUGCUGCCCAAUGGUUGGUCCAAUAGUCGGCAUCUGUCUUGGAGCCAUAGCCUUCAUCGUCAUACUGAUCAUCAUCAUCGUCUGCUGUAGGAAAUAUUCGGAAAAGCAGAUCAGACGGCGCGCACAGAUGAAAAUGCAUAUAGGUCCCACUUUGUCUAGUCGCUACGAUCCGCCUAUAGACGACGCCGAGUCAAACCACGCCAGCAGCAGGCAAGACUACCAGGUCAAGUCCCACACAGGUCAUCACACGACCUCACAUCGAUCUCACGAUGAUCGGGGAGACGACAUCGAUUACCACCCCCACAGAAAACGAGACAUGGGAGACCCCCGUAAUACGCGUGACGAUGCUAGACUCGUCAGUAGUCGGGGCAGCCAUAGAGGGGAGUCCGUGUCAUCAAGGAGAAAGGAGGCUCACCGACACGGAAGUAAGCGGGAGUAUCACAGUGACGAUGAUCGAUUAAGUGGUCACCGCGGUAGUCAUCGGGAGCGGCAUAGAUAUCGCGAUGAUCGCGAGAGAGAACGGCGACACAGCCGAUCACGUGAGAGAUACAUGGACCAUAGCUAUGACGACAUCGAUUUUUCAGACGAGGAUAGAUCGCAUAAGCAUUCCAGCAGGAGAUCUCGUUACAGCGAUCCCCCGCCCUAUCGCGAGAGAGUGCGAGACUAUGAUAACUAUGAUCGGUCGUCUCAUCGGAGGUCAAGGUCAAGAGAUCGAAGUUAUUACGACAGAUAGGAGAAUAUCAUAAAACAAUUAUAUUUUUAAAAACAUUUUUUUUUAAAAGAAAUGUGUAUAUGUGGAACUUGUGCCUUUAUAGAUGAAUCAGCAUAAUUUUAAAAAAGACAUUUUGUACAUGCAUGUGCAUAUGUGAACGAUUUAUAUAAUUUUCUAGACAAUUUCUUGAUCAUUUUGUACAUAUGAGAUAAUAUAAUGCAGAAUAUAUAUCUCUACAAAUACACGCAUUUAAGUACUUUAA